GUCCACUGUUCACAACAGUCUGACUCACAACUGACACGGAAUGUUAAAUUUAUUUAAUCUUUAAUAGGUAUUACGUGUUACAGUCUUCAGUGUACAUCGUACAUUCGUACAGGCGACAUACAAGAUACAACUCGCGCCCAAUCGGCGCUCGUUAUCACUUAUCACUGACCGGAGAAGUCGGAGCAGAAUAUAUUUCAAAUUUCGAUUUUCAGCGUUUUUCGUCCGAGUAAGGUCAAGGAACGCGAACUCUAUAUGUCAUUACGAAUUACGAUUACGAAACAUUUCACAAUAUUCGAUCUGCUGUGAUAAGUGGUAACGYCACUUUCAUUUCUCCAUUUCUCGUCGGUAGUCGUAAGUGCUGUAACUUUUGAAAUCGACGCCGAUAUUUUUGUUUAGUGCUUGAUCUGUUGGCUCGACUCCCGGAGACAUGGCUGGUCAGAGUGAGACCGCCGAACUAUAUGGUCGCGUGAAAACCGCUACAGAUAARUUUUUCGCCACUCUGCGCGAAGCAAAGAGUCUCGAGACCCAAGGCAAAACGAAUCUGGCUUUGUUGGAGUACGAACAGUGUCUGAACGUCAUCGACAAUGUCUUCUCGGUUCCACUUACUCAUCCGACUGACCUGAGUCUUGAAUGGACCGAGGUUGACAACAUACUACAGUACUUGAAAACUGAAAAAAAAGAGAUCUUAAACCAUAUUGUCGAGCUGCAAAGGGAUAGUGGUUCUAACAUGGCUGUAGAUAGCAGGCCUUUGCAAAGUCCUCCAUCAUAUCAGGAAGCUACGCGUUCUGACGAAGAACAAUCCCAUAUUUCAGAAACAGAACUUCCAGUUUCAUACAAUCAGUUAUCAGCAAUGCUCGCUGAUUUACGUGUUGACAUUGAACAGAGUUCAAUGGCAACCCUAUUAGUUAGCUGUGAUGAUUCACAAGUAUUUUUCAUUGCCUCUGAUGGUCAAGUUACAUCACCAUCAGAGAAAUCAAAUGUUAAAAUUUUUAUGCUCGAAGGUUCAAAUGCAGAUAACUCACAGCGGCAUUUCCUUUGUAUAGAGGAUAUUUACUAUCCACUUGUUCCCAAUGGUUCACCUUGUCUUAGAACAGAAUUUGGAGCAUUUCUGUUUCCUGAUAUUGAAAAUAGAAACUCGUCUAUUGGUGUGUUAGUUUCUCCAGAACAUUUGGAACUUUUUACAGAUGUAUUAGAAGAUAUACUUAAAAAAUCGUUGAGAAAAGAGUUUGGAAAGGCCCGAGAAAAAGGUCACAACAUCUCUGCACACAUUGUUAAGGGAGCUACUUUUCUAUCAAAUGGAUUAGUGAAGGGUGCUGAAAAAACAACAAAUUUCAUGAACAAUUCCACUCCUGGUUUACUUAACUACAUUAAUCCUUCUCAAAGUGAUACACAUGUUUGCUCUCCUAUGAAAAAAGGUGUUAAAGUUGCAAAAAAUGUAACAAGUACUGCUGCAGAUGUAACAUGUUAUGUUGCCGGAAAAAUAGGUACAGCAUCAUGUGCUGUUGGAAAAUUCCUCGCKCCUCAUGUUCAUAAAGGCGGAACUAAGAUUCUGACAGGAGUAACUAAUAUGGAUAAAAAUGAAGCUUCCCAAAAAAUGACAGAUGUAUUUGAUAUAGCGGCUGGUGCAAUUGAAGGUUUUAGCAUUGUUUAUGAUGGACUUGAGAAAUCUGGAAUGAUGCUGGCUAACAGUAUUUCAAAUAAUACUGUUCUUAUAGUUCAUCACAAAUUUGGCAAUAAUGUUAGUGAAGUGACUCAAGACACAUUUGAAACAGUUGGCCAUGGGCUGCGAUUCACUAGAAGUAUAAAGGAGCUUGGUCCCAAAAACAUUGUCAAAUCUACUGUUAAACAAACUGGACGUGCCAUGAUGGUACCAGAUAAUGAUUAGAAAUUUAGAAUAUCUUCCUUUACAACGGAAUCUAUAUAUUAUAUAAAACCCUGCUGUGAUGAGCAUUUAUAUCUUUAUUGUUGUUAAUUUAAUAUUUUGAUUAUUAAACAAUGAAUAUUAUUU